AUGACCACUGUGACGUCUUCUUCGAACGGUACUAAUAAAUUGUGGUAUUGCACAAACGAACGUCUUCGACGUGAAUUCUUUCACACGAGUGCCUCUAUAUCACCUAUUCAACUACAUCCCGAGGAAUCCGAUAACUCACAAGAAUCGAUCACCUCCGAAGAAAAGACAAAGUUACGAAAUGAGGAACUUGACAACAGAGUACACCAUCAAUCGGAUAAAGAAGUCGUUUUGGAUGAGAUUGAUAAUGUUAUUAUUAUCAAUAAUUCUAGCACUAUUAAUUCUGGUAGUAUUAUAUUACCAUUAAAAAAUUUAAAAAUCGAUUUUCAAGAUGAUCAACAUGAUGAUAGAAGUAAUGAUCAAUUAAAUAAUAUACAAGAAGCUAACGAUGGAGAGGAAAAUGAAUCAGAUGAUGAGGAACAAAAAGAUUUGGAAGAAAAAAAUUAUGUAAAAAAACGAAAAUCUAAUUCUCGUAAUAGAUCUUGUGUGAAGUCCAAGUCUGCCAAAUAUAUUCUUGAAGAGAAUGAAGUGGAAGUGGAAGAGGAAAAAAAAUAUGCAAAUAAACGAAAAUUUAAUUCUCACAAUAAUUCUCAAUCUAAAACUCAAGCAUUUAAAAAAAUUACAAGGAGUUCAACAAAGGCGACAAAAAGAUUCAUUAUUCAACCUAGUAGACCUUCUAGGAAAUCAACACGUAAAUCAAAAGAUACAUUAAAUGGUAAAGAAUCAUCAGGGCAAGAUUUUAAAGGAAGAGAUAUCGUUUUUGUUGACCCUUUGGAUAAAAAUGCUAGUUUUUGGUGGCCCGCAAUGAUUGUUCCGAAUGAUGAACUGGAUGAAAGUAUGGAUUUUAAUUGUGAUCUCGAUCAAUUGUUACUUGAAGGCAAUUUCCUUGUAAAAUAUUUUGAGGAUAUGACAUAUUCUGUGGUAGAAUGCAAAGGAUUAAAACACUUCAAAUUGGAUAAUGAACCCUACUUGACUUUUGUAAAAAAAGCAGGAUUCCUUGAGCAUAUUGGAGUCUUUAGAGCUUUCAAAUGUAUACAAAAUAAUGGAGAACCAUUUAAAGGUUUCAAAUGGGAUUAUUGGAAAAAUCCACUAGGAAGAUCAAAAGAUAAUGAACAGUCAGAGACUAAUCACAGAACUACUACCAUUACUACAAGUAACAGGUCAAUAAGUAGAUCAUUUGCAGCAUCCAAAACAGCUACUAGAAGAUAUAUAAACAAAGAUAGCACACAGAUUAAAGUUUUUUCAGAUAUUCCACCUCUAUCAUCAUCAAUUCGAUCAAAUAAAAAAAAAGCAAAUUUUAACAACAGUGGUCACAAUCUCCACUCAUCAAAAUCAAGACUCUCUACAAGAUCAUCAAGUUUACACCAUUCUAACAAUAAAAACAAAGAAUCAUCACGCACUUUUUCAAAUAAUAAAGGCAAACAUAUUUUCUCAAAACCAUCGUCAUCAUCUUCAUCAUAUUCUGUAAAUACUAAUAAAUCAAAUAAUAAUAAAGAAAGACAUAGUAAUAUUUCACUCUAUUCUGAAUCUGAAAAGGCUACUAAAUUGUUUGAUGAAGACCAAAAUCACCAUUAUCAUCAUUACUCAACAAGUAUAGUAACUCCACAAAUACCUAUUGAAAAUUUGAGUGAAAAAGCACGAAUAAAUAUUGCUAGGUUCAAUUUUAAAGAUCCAAGUCUUGAUAAAGAAUCCAAAGAAAAACUUUAUGAAGAGGCUGAAGAUGAAUUAAGAUCGUUAUCGAAAGAAUAUCGUAGACUUAUGAAGGAGUUGAAAAAGUUAGAGAAAGAAUUAUUCACCAAAAAAAUUCAAAAAUCACAUAAUAUUAAUGACGAGAAUGAAGGUGAUGAUGAAGAGAGUUAUACUAAUGAAAGAGUUGAAUAA